UCCAGUUCUUUUUUAGAGCAGCUUGCCUCAUGCGAUAACAAAAAACUUUAUGAGAUGGCCCUAUACAUGAAUCGCAUUAUAGACUUUGAUCAGUCUAAAACUGAAGGAAAAUUCACUGUAAAAUCCGGCGUGGAUCCUGAAUUAGAUCGAAAAAAGCGAACAAUGGCCAGUCUCCACGGGCUCAUGUCGGAAACUGCUAAAGUGGAGUUGGAAAGACUGCCCUCUUUUAUAGAAGAAUGCAGCAUGCUUUACAUGCCGCACUUAGGGUACUUACUCGCCGUGAAAGCUUGGGAUGGUAUGGGGGCGAGGGAAGAGCUACCCGGCCUGAAGUUUAUGUUUCAGAACAACGAGUUCGUUCACUACAAAAGUAAGGGUUGCGAAAAACUAGACGUGAUGAUCGGCGACACGUACCCCGAGAUAGUAGCUCAUGAGACCCGCAUCAUGAUGAGGCUGACUGCAGUACUGCUUGAGCACCUCCACACCCUGGCUAGCGUUAUCGAUAACUGUGCAAUGCUAGAUUGGUCUGAUAGUGUAUUUAGCUCACAUCGGCAGCUUCGUGCCGGCUGACUCGGCUGUCAUAGGCAUCGUGAGUCACAUAUUCACAAGGAUGCAGUCAACUGAAUGCAUCGCAGCG